AGGCUGCGGCCCGGUCGCGAGUCGGUGGGGACACUGGUGAGCAGGCUGGCCUUGCGGGGCCGCAGGGUGGAGUUGAAGGCGGUUGCUGGGAGACUGGCCACGCCCCUGGCAGCCUGGAAGUGGGAAUUGGCUGGGAAAGACGUACCGUGUCUGGAGCUGCCCAGGUGUGAUGAAACCUGAGCCCUGUGUUCACACUGUGUCUGCUAGGACCCGUCCCUGCUGCUGGUCAUCACGGUGGUGGGAGUCACGGUGCUCCUGCUGGCCCUGAAGAGCAUGAACUCUGGGAAGAAGGAUAUCACCCUACUGGACCCUGAAGCCAAGUACCCCCUGGUCUUGAUUGAGAAGGAGCACAUCAACCACAACACCCGGAGGUUCCGCUUUGGACUGCCCUCACCGGACCACACCUUAGGGCUUCCCAUAGGUAACUAUGUCCAUCUCUUGGCCACAAUUAAUGAUGAAUUGGUGGUCAGAGCUUACACACCUGUGUCCCGUGAUGACGACCAAGGCUUUGUGGACUUAAUUAUAAAGAUCUACUUCAAAAAUGUACACCCCAAAUAUCCAGAAGGGGGGAAGAUGACUCAGUACUUGGAGAACAUGAACACUGGGGACACCGUCCUUUGUAGAGGGCCAGCGGGGCGCCUUUUCUACCUUGAGCCAGGAAAGCUUGCUAUCAAAGCCUACCCAAGCAGCAAGUCUGAGGAAAAACUCGUCUGUCACCUGGGGAUGAUCGCUGGGGGCACAGGCAUUACACCCAUGCUGCAGCUCAUUCGCCACAUCAUCAAGAACCCCAAUGACAGGACCAUGAUGUCCCUCCUCUUUGCCAACCAGACAGAGGAGGAUAUUUUGCUGAGAAAGGAGCUUGAAGAGAUCGCCAGGACUCAUGUUGACCAGUUCAACCUGUGGUACACCCUGGACAGGCCUCCCAUAGGCUGGAAAUACAGCUCCGGCUUCAUUACAGCGGACAUGAUCAAGGAGCACCUUCCUCCCCCUGAGAAGUCCACGCUCAUCCUGGUGUGUGGUCCACCGGCCCUGAUCCAAUCAGCGGCUCACCCCAACCUGGAGCUUCUGGGUUACACCAAGGACAUGAUUUUCACCUACUGACACCUCUCACAAUCCUAGCAAGUCUGAGGCUCCCGUUUCUACUGUUUCAGAGUGAAUGUGGCUUCACCAUGUCAAACUGGGAUGUUUUCAAAACCAGUGGUGCUCUUUUGGGUGUAAGCCUAAAAAGAGUUCAAGGUGCUGAGGACAAGUGGCCCAGGCCCCCUAAUGCGGAGCUGGAGGAACUUCCUCUUAGUAUCUUGCUCCACAGCUCAGUGAAAUAAACUCCAGUUCUCUGCA